AUGGAGCCCGUUAUAACCGUUACGGUAAAGUUGAUUCGGUCAAGAUCCCGGGUCCCAGUCCCUACCAUGCAGGGCAACGUCCGGCGGCUCGUUCGCUCGAUAGAGCCGCCAGGGCAUGCGGGUGGAAGCAGCGUGGAGCAUCAGGACAUGCUGAGGACCUCAUCCUCUCCUCAAACCAGCAGCUCUCCCGCCAUGGCGCUUCCUCUCAGUCUGGCCUCAGGGUACACAUCCGGUGCAUCAUACAACUCUGCUGCGUCUUAUCCUGUCAACCGUGGUUCGCCGGCUCCGUCGCAAACUGCUCAGUCGCAAACUCCAACCAUCUCUUCGCAUCCACCUAGCCAUGGUUUGUUAUCAGCUUACUCCCGUCCCGAUGUAUCCUCGUUUGUGAGAGAAGUGCAGCUGACAGACAGUCCUGCCGUUACAAGCUCCAGUCAACCCAUCAUAAGCCACAUCGAUGCAGGAGGAGACGAGCUGUACAGCUCGAUAAGGAAGUCACUGAAGAGAUCUGAUGGAAACGACCAGGAGAGUCAGAGACGACAAGACCCAUCGGACGACGAGUGGUUCACUUUGGCGACUGAUGUGCUGUCUUCCCUCACAGCUCUUGACGCGAGCUCCCUGCAUGGAGUCAGAGUCGUGAGUGAAGAUGACUUGAGGGUAGGAAGCCUCAUCUCACUCUACAACGUGUUGAAUCCAUACCUGCUGCUCAUGCGAGACGAUGGACAACAGGACAUAAUUGGGAUGAAAUUCUUGUUUCAUUUCAUUUCGAACAAGGAAAACUUUAACAUCAAAUCAAACAUCUCUUUCAAGCAUUCGCAGUUCCGACUCCGCAAAGUCAGCCAUACUGCUUCACUUAUGGAAUGCUUGCACAACCUGCUCAAACCCACCUCGCCUGACGGAGUGGAAGAUGCGCUCGCAGUGAUGCAUGGAAACUGUGUAACAGGGGUUGUUUCCCUUGCUAGUAUCCUGCAGAUACUGCAAGAGUCGCUCUCAUUGGUUCAGCCGCUCAUGACUUCUGUGCAAUCCUUGUGCAAUGAUAUGGAUGUUGUCGAACCCAACCGGGCGGUGUCGUCAGAAGUGUGGAAUUGGGAGAACGAGGCUGUGAGACUGAUGAAAGAUCUACGGAAGCUCAAGGACCUUUCCUUCUUGUCACAGGCUGAUGAAACCAUAAUGAAAGCCUCCGGCGAGCGGAUCAUUUCUUUCAUCGCAUCUUCGCACCAACUGAACAAGCCAGAAUCACAGAAUACCGGCAUGAUCUCGUCGGAUCCUGUCAAUGUCAAAGCAGUUACGGGCGGUUUCGUGCUAGCCAAUACCCUUACAGAAUCUUCCAAGAUGGUUAGCAGCGUGCACACGAAUAUGAACGUAGAGCCGCAAAGGAACAGCAACAAAAAGUCAACAGGGUGCUUUUCUACCAGGAGAAAGAACAGCUCUCACUCUCAUGUGGAACCUCCUGUGACAGAUAGCCCCAGCAGCAGGCGACCUCUAGAGACUACGACGUUGCCUCAUCACGCUCCUCCCUCGACCUCCUCAGCAGGGAUCCUCGAGAUCGUUCAAGACAUGAGGAACACUCUCACGUGGUUGACAACUGGCAACGGCUUGUCAAGCUGGUCAAGUGGAUCUGUCAACGUCGCUCAAGUACAUCAGAGGAUCGUUGUCAUGGGAGACGUGCCGACAGACAGCGGGCAUAUGAUCUCUCCCCUCUCCUCUUCCUCCCAGCUGACACAGCACACUCCCAAUCCCCUGCAGUUGUCAAAGAUCCUCAAGUACCUGAAGAGUUCGUUCGAUGACCAAUACGUGAUCAUCAACCUCACCCAACAGGACCAUUUUCUCAGCUCAUGGCUUUCCCGAAGAAUGAUCCGCCUGCCCGUGGCAGGCUCGUCGCCUCCUUCAAUGAGGUCGCUCCUCUGUCGUCUUCUGUACUGGACUGACCAGGACGCCAGGGACAUGCGGAGCCUCUUUCUCUUGCACGACUGCAUGCGGAGGAGGCAGGUGGGGUGUAGGUGGGACGACUCGACCAGCCCAGCGUUUGUCAUCUACGAUCGCAAUGGGAUAGGAGCUGCAGGAAGACUUGUGCUUGUGCCGAGAGCUUGUGGCGUCAUGUCUUGUGUCCUCCUGCUCGCUACAGGAGCCGCGGCCUCUGCUCUCGACGCUCUCCUCCUCUUCAUCGCCCAGCGGACCAACUAUCGUCCAGGACAGGCAGGGGACCCCAACGUCAUCAAGAGGUUCCAACUCCAGCUGUUGCCCCAGCAGAACGUCACCGCUCGAGAGCCUCUCGCUCAAGAGUUCGUUAUUGUUGGACCCAUCGCUCGUUGGAUCACCCCGAGCAUGCAAAGAUAUGUCCAAUAUUUCUUCCAUGCCCAACAGAGGCAUGGGAUGAACAUGUACACUACUAUCAGAUCUGCUCCAAAGUGCAGGAUAAUGGCGCUCAAGACGUUCGGUACAUCUCAAACCGCAAAUAUCAGGCUACACAGGCCCUGGUAUCGCAUCUUCUCCAACAACCUGCUGGUAUACGAUCAUCGGAAGUCUCGAAGCUUCGCUGAACAGGGGCUGAAGGAAGACGCGUGGACGACGAACCUGAAGGUGGCGAGUGAAGCUGGGGUGCUCGUGGAGGAGGAGGUUCGGGUGGAGCUGAUGGAUUCUGUGGGGAUGGUGGACCGGCUGAUGUUGGUCCUUCACCUGCACAGCUCCUUCAUUGAGGACGCGAAGCUCCUGGAGUUCUCGAAGCAACAGCUGGACGUGGGCUGUCUGUCCGAAAGUCUCCCUCAUGAUUUCAAAUUACACCUCGUGAUUGAAGCGGGCGAGGGAAAGCGAGAGAGUUCAACGACCCGUCGCAGGGAAAUCUUUGCCAAAGAGAAGCUUCCUUCACAGGUCAUCCCCAGCUUGCCGCAGGAGAAGCAAGUCCCCAACUACGAAACGAACAUCCCGUCCUCGGCGUACCUGGCCAAGACCCCAGCUGACUUGUGGGUCAUGUCCAUGAGCAUGCCCCUAUUUGUGACGGGUUUUCAGGGGUUUCGAACCUGCUAUCCCUCCGCCUGGCCACGUGGUAAGUUUGACAGAGUCUGCUGGGGAGAGUGCUGGGAUGUUACGAGAGAAUGA